UUGCUUCCGCGGCGGGGCCGGAAGUAGAAGCGGCGGUGGCGGCGGCCCAAAGCAGAGGGAAGGAGGGAAGCAAGCGAGUCCGAGAGCCCGAGCCGGAGUCGCAGCGGCGGAGACCCCUGUGCGGUGCGGAGGGGGCGGUGGCCCCAACUCUGACCCGCGCCGGGGGGGGUGGGCCAUGGCGGAGAUCAGCGACCUGGACCGGCAGAUCGAGCAGCUACGGCGCUGCGAGCUCAUCAAGGAGAGCGAAGUCAAGGCCCUGUGUGCUAAGGCCAGGUCAGGAAUUGGGCUGGGCUGUCCUGGCUGUGGUGACCCUGGUCUUCUCCUGUCUCCAGAGAGAUCUUGGUAGAGGAGAGCAAUGUGCAGAGGGUGGACUCCCCAGUCACCGUGUGCGGCGACAUCCAUGGACAAUUCUAUGACCUCAAGGAGCUAUUCAGAGUGGGUGGCGAUGUCCCUGAGACCAACUACCUCUUUAUGGGGGACUUUGUGGACCGUGGCUUCUACAGUGUUGAAACCUUCCUUCUACUCCUGGCACUUAAGGUUCGCUAUCCUGACCGCAUCACCCUGAUCCGGGGCAACCAUGAGAGCCGGCAGAUCACGCAGGUCUAUGGCUUCUAUGAUGAGUGCCUACGCAAAUAUGGUUCGGUGACUGUGUGGCGCUACUGCACUGAGAUCUUUGACUACCUCAGCCUGUCAGCCAUCAUUGAUGGCAAGAUCUUCUGUGUGCAUGGGGGCCUCUCCCCCUCCAUCCAGACUCUGGACCAGAUCCGGACAAUUGAUCGAAAGCAGGAAGUGCCACAUGAUGGACCCAUGUGUGACCUCCUCUGGUCUGACCCUGAAGACACAACAGGCUGGGGUGUGAGCCCCCGUGGAGCCGGCUACCUGUUUGGCAGUGACGUGGUGGCCCAGUUCAACGCAGCCAAUGACAUUGAUAUGAUCUGCCGUGCCCACCAACUAGUGAUGGAAGGUUACAAGUGGCACUUCAAUGAGACCGUGCUCACUGUGUGGUCAGCACCCAACUACUGCUACCGCUGUGGCAAUGUGGCAGCCAUCUUGGAGCUGGAUGAGCAUCUCCAGAAAGAUUUCAUCAUCUUUGAGGCUGCUCCCCAGGAGACACGGGGCAUCCCCUCCAAGAAGCCGGUGGCUGACUACUUCCUGUGACCCUUCGGCCCUGCCCCCUCCAACUUUUCUGGCCCUUGGACCACUGUGACUCUGCCCUCUCCCCAGUCGGAGGCUGGGCAAGGAGGGGCUGUCCCCAGCUCUGCUCUUCCCCCAAGAGGGCGUUUCAAGGGUGAGGACUUUCUCUGGAGAGGUUUGGAGCCUUAGCUCCAUGCUCCUCCUCUCCUUUCUCCCCACUUGAACCAUGAAGUUUCCAGUAAUUUUUUUUUUCUUUUUUCCUUUUUUUUGUUUGUUUUUAGAUAAAAGUUUUGAGAAAAAAAAGAAAAAAAAAUUCUAAUAAAAGAAGAAAAAUGGU